AUGAGUGGCACAGGACUCGGAUGGCCCGCUUUAGUGCCACCAUACCGCAACCGCCUUGAAGAGUGGUUUAGCACGCCUGAGAAAUUGUAUGCCUCAUUCGACACGAGGGAAGAGCUUGUAUCAUUGCUUAGGGCUUGCGAUAACACGCUUCUUGAAAGUAGCCUGCAGUUGAUUGCGGAUGCACUUCUUGAAUGGCAUGCAGACAAUGCCCGCACAGUUGCGAGUGGGCGCAGGGAAGCAAGGAGGCGCUUGACAGAGUGCUUGCCCAGUGUCCCGGGAACUGGCCUUAGCUUGCAUGAGCAUUACAAUCAGAUCGCACUUCAGAGUCCACUUGCGUUGCUUCCGGUUCUUCGCAAGCGGAAGUUAGCUACUGAUAGGGUCGUAGAUCGCGGUGCCAGGGCCACUGAAGAGAUACGACUUCGGCAGGAGUAUGCAUUGCGUCUUGCAGCCAUCAUGCAGGAGGCGCAACUGCCGGUGUGCAAGGUGCUUGCAGGGGUCAGCAAUGCCGAGGAAGCCUGGCCACGGCUGUUCGGGACCCGUCGAUCCAAGACAUUGAGGAAUCGCUUUAGGGCUUGGGAUAAGUUUCGGGAAUGGUUGCUUUAUAGCCGUGGCAGAAGUUAUCCGGAAGGGGUAGCUGAUGUGCUAGAUUAUGCCAAUGAACGAUUCCAGGAAGGAUGUGGAAAGACAGUUCUCGAAAGCCUGCAAGCCUCUCUCAGUGUAAUUGAAGGUGUAGGGCGCGUGCCGUCCACGCAGCAGAUAUCCCAGGAUCCCACAUGGCAGGCGCAGCUCAAAAGUUACACAGCCGAUUUGGUUUCGGCGGCACCGCCGGAGCAGCCAGCCAGCAUGCUCACCGUUGCUAUCAUCCUCGCAUGUGAGAUCUUCGUUUGCACGCCUGGGGAGCCUAGUUACUUGAGAGCAUUGGGCUUUGUUUGCUUAUUGAUGGUUUGGGGAUCGCUUCGGGCUGAUGAUGUUCAGGGGCUCCUGCCGCAGACCAUGCUUCUGGACGAGCGAGGGCUUAGCAUUGAUCUCGCGCGGUCCAAGACUACAGGGCCCGACAAAAGGACCCACACCGUCAAGGUCUUCGUGGAACGGAGUAUCUCUCUGACAGGGCAUGAUUGGCUGAAGGUCGGAUAUGCACUUUGGAAGGAUUUCGAUUUUGAGAGGGAUUAUUUGGUUUUGAAGGCCAAUGAAGGUUUCACGGAACCCCUUGAGAAGUCGGUGCCUUCCUCCACGGUGGCCCUUUACUUCCGCAAAGUUCUCAGUGAGUUGAAGACGCCCAAGCGUGAGGGGCGCACCUGGAAGGCCAAUGAUCAGCGUCCGCUGCUCCCAGGAUACACUUCCAGUCAUUUUACGGGCCAUUCUGCGAGGAACUUCCUUAGCUCGGUCGGAGCGGCCAUCGAUGUCGACCCCAGGGAGCUUGAUUAUCUGGGUCGCUGGAAGGUAGGUGGCGAAGGUUCUGCAACCUACAUUCGCACUUCUAGGCAGGUUGUGCAUCGUCUCCAGAGUCACAUUGCUUGUUCUCUUGUCACCGGACAGCCUAAGCACUACAUCGAGGUGGAUUCCAUCAAGGCUUUGACGGACUAUGCAGCUAAGGCGGGGGAGAGCGAAUCUCAGGUUCGUCGCCGUCACACCCUCCUCGAGGGAUCCAAAGGCUUGGGCGGAUCGUGGCCAACUCUGGCAUUGGAAGUGGGUGUUGCGGCACCACCUUCUCCGGUCGAGCAGGUCUCGAUGCCAGGCAGCCGGGGGGAUUACUUCAUCGUUACCUCUCGCACCACAGGCCUGAGGCGUUUGCACAUGUUGGGCUGCUAUGUCAAACCUGAGAAUUGUUACGAUGUAAAAUUUGUCAAUCAUGUCGGCGCGGAGGACGUCGAUAACAUUUGCAAAGAUUGCAAAGCAAGAAUGAAGGCUCAGGCCGGAGAGGAGGAAUCAGACCCCUCCAGCAGUGACAGUGGGAGCGAGUCGAUGCGAUUCCAGGCAAUCGCCGAUUCCCGGCCGGAAGCUCGGGCUGCUGGGAAGGCGGACUUUGGUUUUGAUGAUGGGGCUGCUGAAGGGCGACAACAAAUCGCGGGGGUCGUCGCUGCAUGGGAACUUGCACGCGACGUAAUCAGCAAAGAGACGGAAACGCGAGCAGAGGCGAAAGUGUUAGGCCAGCCGCGAAUCUUGCAAGUCACAGAGAGGCAAGCAAUGCUCAAGGCGGUAGCGGCCGUUCACGGGCAGCUGGGAGAGUCGGAGACUCCAUCGUCUGAGUACCUCGCUCUCAAGUGCGAGGAGUGCGAAGCCAAUGAGCCCCAGGCUUCAACCUUGGAUGCCAUAACUUCGAAGAAGAACACGCUCACCACGAGCAUCCAAUCCAGCCUUGACGCUUCGGGGCGAAUUCAUAUUACUCAGCACAAAUCCAAGAGUGAGCUCCCGACUACUACAGAAGCUUAUCGCAAGGUCCUUCGCGUGGAAGCUUUCACAUGGCUGUGCAUGGCAUCCCGCUUUAAAUCCAAGCAGUGGCUUCAGGAUCUCAAGCUGUCUGACUUCGACCACUUCGUGAACUACAUCCUUGGCGAAAAGGUCGCGCAGCUCACAGUGCCUACUUCUCAUCAGCCAGCCGAUGAGACCUACUUCACGACGCCGCUCGCCUUGUCCAUCAUUGAGCGACCACGCAAGUGGCACAAAGGUGAUGUGGGCUCUUACCUUCAGUCGUUGGGCAAUGUCACUAAUCUUCUUCAGUUCGAUCUUCAGCGCUCCACGGAGCAUGACUUGACUAAGGAAGGCUUGUGGCAGCACAUCUUUCAAUUGCUUGGCGAAGGGGAUUGGAUCCUCAUUGUGGAGCAGGCUAAUUAUUUUCUUGAUCAGACCGUGACGGCAUGUCAACUUGCAUGGCAGUAUGUCCUGGAGCACCCGGAGGAUCUCGGCGCGACGCCGGAUCACGAGUUACCGGCUUCCAUUUGGCAACUACCAGCUCUGCGUGAGCUCCAGGUUUCCACUCAGGCCAUCACUUUUGCAUUCUUUCAAUGCAGCUUUGAGGCUCCCACUUCCAAACCUACCCGCCUUCUCACUAAUCUACAGGCCUUUGUCGAGCAGCCUCCGCCUUUUGCUUCAUGGCCACGCUUCGACUCCAGCGAUCGCUACGUGGGGCCGUUGCCGCCACGCUGCCCGCGCGGGAAACACGACAAAGUACUUGCAGGCCGAGAAGGCUCCCGCUGGGCGACCGAGUCAUCAGCAGCCUAUCCUCCUCUGUUGUGUGAGUGGCUUGCGCAUGCUGUGCUUGCUUCCGCUUCGCAGGGGGGACUUGGGUCAGCGCCGCACAGCUCCGUUCCAGGUGAGGCAGGUCCAAUGCAGGAAUCCCACGAGGCGACGCAGGAGGUGCAUCAGGAUUUGUGUGAAGUGCCGCAGGGGCUGCAUCAGGUGGUUUCCGAUAGGGUAGAGGCGGUUACAGAUAGGGUAGAGGCGGUUGGCUUGAUCGAGUCGGAAGCACCUCCUUCCACUUUGUUGCCGUCGCCAGACUCUUCGGGGUCCGCGUGCAAAGGCUUCCCGGCUUCCACUGAAGCAUUGGCAUCCUUCGUGCGUAGCAACAUGCCCGGGCACCCCUUUACCACGAUUAGCCUUUACCUUAACACCGGCACCAAGCCCCACAAGGACUCCAGGAACGCACCUUUGCCCAAUGGGAUAAUAGGGGUUACUGACUUCGUAGGAGGAGAGAUCUGGGUCGAGGCCCAGGAUGGGGAGUCUGUUCAGAUUGUUGACGGUAAGCGCUUAAGUGGUCACCUUCUUCCGAUCAGUGAGACGCCCACCUACAUACAUGCUUACCGCGAUCUUCACCUCACAAUGCCCUGGAAAGGUAAGAGAUUAGUCAUCAUAGCUUUCAGUGUAUCGGAGCAUACUCAGGCAUGCGAUGAGGAUCUCGCGUUCCUUCGCGGGCAUGGUUUCGUCCUUCCGGGCGAAGAGCACAGUGCUGAUCUUGAGGCGGUCCAGUCAGAUGAUUCGGAGGUGCUGGAGGGGGGCGAGGUCGAAAGACCGGAGCCCUUCAAGCAUCAGGAGUGCCACAACAUCGGGCUGCCUUUGAACCUCGAGUGGGAUGGCAAAACUCAGCCGAUCACGGAUGGCUUUGGACUCUGCUCACCCACUAGAUGGCCUCCGGAAGCCAGGGGGGGCCUGCUGCCCAAGCAGGCUUUGGAGUUCGCCACUGCCAUGCAUCAAGUGCUUCGAGACUUUGUAGCGGACGUCGUGCCUGAUAUCAGGCGCACGGCGAUGGAGCUUGCGCUAGGCCGCCUUAAGGAAUCACCUUUCACUCCCGAGAUGUUAAGGGUCCUUAGGAAGGAGUGGUUUAGUUGCAUAGAGGCUGCUUCGGGAGGCAAGUGUACGGAUCUUGAUGUGGUGCCGAGUGGCCAGCCAUUCUUCUUGCAUGCUGUGUCUGCGACAGCGCGGCUGUUGCAGGACCCAGAUUGGAAAGCCGUUUCUUGCCAGGAGGACUCCUAUGUCAGCGGGGUCGCGAUCGGUUAUGACUGCCCCGCGCCUCACUUGCCACAGGUGUACGAGUACAAACACAAGUCCCGCAAGCUCGAUGAAUCGGAUGUCGAGUGGCAUCGCGAGAACUAUUCGUCGGCAAACGAAACGUCGGAUCAGCUUGAGAAGAAGUUUGCAGAGGAAGAGGCUCUUGGGCGCAUGGCGCCUUCCACGUUGCCGGUUCUUGAGCAAAAGUACGGGCGGGAUAGGGUUAGGAUAGCUUCUUUAGGUUCCUUGAUUAAACCAGACGGCUCCGCUCGGCCAUUACACGAUGGCACCCACGGUGUGCAUGUCAACAAUGGUAUUAGGCUACUUAAUCAGCAAUCUAAUCCCGGACCCCAGGAGGUAGUUCACCUUGUGCGUAGCGCAAAGCAAAGUCAGGAAGCCACCUUUUGCCUCACCGGCGAUGUGACGGCGGCUCACAGGUUGUUCCUUGUCAGAGAGGCCGACUGGCCUUUGUUGUGCUGUAAGGUGCGCAACGACACGCCGGUCGUUUGGUACAACAAAGUAGGAACGUUCGGUAUUUCAUCAUCCGCCUUCCUUUGGUCUAGAUUGUUCGGAAUCAUCGGCCGCUGCACCGCGCGCUUUCUUUUGACCUUGUGGUUCUAUCACCUCGUCUUCGUAGAUGAUGUUCACGCCAACUUCGCAGGAAGGGAGAAAUUUCAUCAUUUGCUCAUGUGGCUAGCAUGCUUCGAGAUGUUUGGCACACCUUUCGCAUACAAGAAGUUCCGCGGUGGGCUCACUUCGGCUUUUGUGGGUUACGAACUUUCUUAUCCAGACCAGAGGGUUGGAAUUUCGGAAUCGCGGGGCCAGUGGCUCUUGAAAUGGAUCGCUGAGGCUCGGUCCUCUAAGUUUGUUGUUUCGGUUCGCAGGUUUGCUGAGUUCUUAGGGAGACUGGGCUUCGUUGCUCGGCUUUUGGUUUGGCUUAAGGCACACCUUGCGCCGCUUUACAGCUGGAGGGCAGCGGUGAACGACAGUUCAGUCGCUCGGAUGCCCGACACCGUCAUCCUUACUCUUGAAUAUCUUGACCUCACGUUCAGGGACAUGACGUUCAAGGUCGCCGCAGCAAGAUCGGUCAAGAGAGCAGGCGUGGCCUUCCGCACUGAUGCAAAGUGCGCGGACGGGUACGUGGUCCUUGGGGGUUGGGAUUGCGCAGGCACAACUCAGGAGUCCAGAUGGUUCUCACUUCGACUUACUCCCUCAGAGGCCCCUUACCUCUUUGACUCAGAAGGUCACAGUCAGUGGGCUUCGGCAUCGGCUGAAUUGCUGGCCACGCUGGCCGCACUGCACAUCUUCGGUCACCUUGAAGCCGGGCCAACUAGGCGCUUGAUGAAGGUUGAGGUUUUAGCUCAGACGGAUAAUAAGUCUAACGAGGGCUUGACUCGCAAGGGUUCUACAACGCGCUGGCCCUUGCUCAUGGUGAACAUGCAGCUCACCCAUGUUCUCAUGAAGGCCGGCUUGCGGUUGAACUUGGGAUGGCGUCCACGGGACGAAAAUCAGGAGGCCGAUGAUUUAACCAACGAAAUCUUCGACCGUUUCUCUGAGGAGUUGCGGGUCCCAGUGCAGUACUCCGAAUUGCCGCUUUCCUUUCUUCACACUCUUUACGAAGCCAGGCGUGCACAGCUGAGCAGCCGUGAAGUGGAUUCCAUCCGCGACACGGUCGGUGGCAGGCCACGCUUCAGAGGCAAGAGAAAGAGAGAGAAGUCUCCUUGGUGA